AAUAUGAAAACAACUCAACAUGUGUUGAGAUUUAUUUUCAUCGUAAUCAAGUUAAUUGUGUUUUUUUUCGAAUUCAUUAAUCUGACAACUAUAUUUUCUACCAAUUUAAUUGCUCUAUUAGCUGUGAACUAAUCACCGACUCAUGGAUUACCCUCAUUGAUUGAGAAUAACCUGAUUUUCGCAAUUUUUGUACCUUGGAAAUUGUUUUUCUGUAGCUUAGUUUACCUGAACACUUUUCCAAAUCAAAUUGUCACUUUAAUUGUUUGUUUAUAUUUUUCCUUUAAUCACAAUAAUGUUUAGCUUGACCAAUUUACAAAAUCCUUCUAAUAUCUUCAGAAAACCUUUGACUUUGGUCCUUUACCAACCAGAGAAAUGGACUGAAGGAACACUAAUCAAUACAAUUGAUUGUAUGAUUAUGAUGCUACAAAAGGGAAUAAUUAACUCACUUGAUGAACUAUUUGAACUCUAUGCAGUUUUGUUUAAUUUAAUCGACGUUGAAACAAAUUCAUUCCGAGGUGAAUGUAAAAUUAGUGAAGAUCUUAAACUUCGGGUUAUCCAUUGUGCCAAAGUAAUUAUCGACUACCUGACAGAAGACUUGGUUCUAGAGUUUUUAUCGAAACCCUCAAUUUAUCCGAUUAUCGGUCAUUCUAUUCACGUUUUCUUGAAUCUUGGACUUAAAGAAAAAUUCAAAGAGCUUAAAAUCACGUCGAUUGUUUGUUUAAAUUGUUUGAUUCGAAAACUGGAUUAUCCCUUGACCUUAACACCGCCGAGAGAAGGAUACAAACCGGCUGACAUUUUGGCCUCUUUUUUACCGGGAAUCUCAAUCGCAGUGAUGAAGAUAAUUCUAAGUGAUGAUAAAUUACCACAGAAACUGUAUAUUGAAUGUCUUUCAACUUUGGAAUCAACAAUUAAGGCAAUUCUGACCCACGAAUUGUCUCAAGAAAUUCAAGUUAAACGUCCUGAAUUCGUUGUCCAUAGAAACAAGGAUUGGCUUCAAUCGAGUUGCUCAAAAUUAGAUGUUGUCUUUGAAAAGAUAAUUAAAACUCUUCUAAUCAAACAAUCAACGUUAAUUAAGAUGAAAUUAUUGAGUUUCAGUCAAGAAAUGGUUGACAUCUUUGCCGAUCUUGAGGUUAAAGAGGAAAUUUUAAUUACUCUUCUUGAAGUUUCACUAAUCAUGGUAACUGAUUGUGAUACAGAUUUACAAGAAUCAUCUCAACUUUGGUUGGAACAAUUUUCAUCUCAAAUAUUAAUCAACAAACCAUCUCUACGAGAUUCACUAUUAGACCGAUUAUAUCAACAAUUAACAACCAUCACCCGAGAAUUACAAUCAAUUAAUGAAGAGGAAAAGAUAACCAAAUUUAAAGUAAUUGAAGGUUACUUUAAUUGUCUUGGACCUCAAGGAUUAACAACCUUUCUUACCACACAAUCAUGUCAACAUCGUAUGAUAACUAGUUUAAUUAAUUGUGCCAAUUUGAACGAGAAAAAAUCAACCCAAGGAUAUAAAUUAAUUGAGAUGAUUGAUUUAAAUACAAUAGAUUCAAGGAAACCAUCAACAGAUUAUCCGAUGAAAAGAUUUAAACAUUUCGAUGAUCAACUAGUUGAACAAUCAAUUAAACAAAUUUGCUCACUUUUAGGAAAAUAUUCAAACAAUUAUGGUUUAAUUGAUUAUUUUGAUUCCAUUUUACCGGAUGGUUGCAAAGAUCCAGCAAUUAUCUUCAUCGCUAAUUACACGAUUCAAGGUUUCAACGAAUCAAAUAUUUUAGAAAGUCUAUUCCAUGAAUACGUUAAUCAGUUGACCAUAUUAACUGAAUUAAAUCAAUCCAAUCAACAAUGUGAUCAAUCAACUUUACCAAUUACCCUUUUAAUGGAGGGAAUAACCAUUUUUGCGGAUAAAUUUGGUUCCAAUAAACAAUCAAUCGUCCUGAUUAAUUGUUUGUACCUUGUCCUGGCUUCAACUGGUUCAGAUAAAACAAUUAUCGCUGAUUCUGCUUUAAUUACUCUCCAACGAUUAGCAAACAUCUUCAACUACUCUUCAAUUAAACUUCUAAUCACUGAAAAUAUUGAUUACAUUCUUAAUCAUUUAAGUAUCAAACUGAAAAACUUUCAAUCAAAUCGUCAAGUUUGUCCAAUUAUCUAUUCGAUACUCAAUCUAACCGGCCUGGAGAUAUUACCUUACACCGAACUGACCAUUGAUAAUAUACUGACCAGUUUGGACAUUUUUUACAAUUUAAAUUGUGAUAUACUUGUUAACCUAUUGAAAAUAGUGAUUAGUUUCAUUGAGAAAAAUACUGUUCCAAUAUCAACAGAUGAACAGGAACAAUUUGAUAAUAUUGAUUAUGAAUCUUUGAGACGAGAAAAAUUUAUCCAACAAUUAGAUGAAUAUCUGAAAGCAAGGAGAAUAGUUAAUUCACUUGAACCCGAAAAUGAUGAUGAUAAUGAUUCACCUGAUGAUUUAAAUGAUGGAGGUAAAGAAGAAGAAGAAGAAGAGGAAAAGAAACAAUUACCUGUGGAAAUAAAUAUAACAAUUAAGAUUCUUGAGAGAUGUUGUCAUUUACUCUCCAAUCAAUCAAAAGAUAUUCAAAUAAUUACGAUGGAAAUAAUUAUGAAUGGACUUCGAAUAUUAAAACCAUGGCAAGAUGAACUCCUUCCCUUGGCACACAAAUUGUGGACUCCAAUCUUGAAACGUUUCAAUACCGAUAAUUUGAUUCUACUUAGCAAAAGUUAUCAAUGUCUAAUUGUUAUGAGUCAAUGUUGUGGCGAUUUCCUUACAACUCGGACAUUAGAACAAAUUUUCCCUCGACUUUUAUCAUUUCUAAGGUCACAAUUUAGCAAAAGUUAUCAGAAAACCGAUUCAUCUCCAUACAAAUACACCCUUGAGUAUAAAUUUCAAUGUCAAUUAUUAGGAACCAUUGGAUUACUUUGUGAUUAUCUCAAAGUUGAAGGUAUCUCCUUGUGGUCAGUAGUUGAAGUGGUCAUCCCUUACCUGACCAAUCAGCAACCUUUAAGCCUUCAGGGUGAAGCAAUUAAAUCGUGUAAAAUUUUACUCCGCUUGGAUCCUUAUGCUUUCAAUUGUUACACUUCUCAGAUGAUUGAGACGAAAAGUGAAAACCAAAGGAAAAAUUAUUCCAAAAAUUUGAAAAUCCUUUCGAAAAUUAAACUCUAAUCAACAUAAAUACA